AUGUCCAGCACGGAAGAUUUCUAUUUGCGUUACUACGUUGGCCACAAGGGCAAGUUUGGGCAUGAGUUUCUGGAGUUUGAGUUCCGGCCGGAUGGUAAGCUGCGGUAUGCAAACAACUCCAACUACAAGAACGACACCAUGAUCCGGAAGGAAGCGUACGUGCAUCAGGCGGUAAUGGAGGAACUAAAGCGCAUCAUACUGGAUUCGGAAAUUAUGGCCGAAGAUGAUUCCCUGUGGCCACCGCCGGAUCGAGUAGGACGACAGGAGUUAGAAAUAGUGAUAGGCGAUGAGCACAUCUCUUUCACCACAUCCAAAACGGGUUCGCUGGUGGACGUAAACCAGUCCAAAGAUCCGGAAGGACUUCGCGGGUUCUACUACCUCGUGCAGGAUCUAAAGUGUCUUGUGUUCUCAUUGAUUGGACUGCACUUCAAAAUCAAACCCAUCUAA